AUGGCUGAAUGGGAUCAAAAGGGUAUGGACAAAGCCUAUGAAGAGGCUGCCAUUGGAUACAAGGAGGGAGGUGUUCCAAUCGGUGGAUGUUUAAUCGAUAAUUUGACCGGUGAGAUUUUAGGCAGUGGACACAACAUGAGAUUCCAAAAAGGAUCGCCUACUUUGCACGGUGAGACUUCUACUUUAGAAAAUGCCGGUAGACUAAAGGGGAGUGUUUACAAGCAUUGUACUAUGUACACUACCUUAUCUCCAUGUGAUAUGUGCACGGGUGCUAUUCUUCUUUAUGGAAUUGGCCGUGUUGUCAUUGGUGAAAACGUCAACUUCAAAAGCCCUGGCGAAGAGUAUCUAACCAGCAGAGGUGUGGAGUUGAAGGUUGUAGAUGACAAACGCUGUAUCGAUAUAAUGAAGGAGUUCAUUGAAAAGAGACCAGAAGACUGGUACGAAGACAUUGGCGAAUAG